UAGCACAUGGACUAAGUUAAUAAUUUUGAUACAUGUUGCGUCAGUUCAUUUAUUUGCAUGUGUUUGUUAUGUGUUUUGGCACUAUCUUCCCAAUAGACUCAAAAGGUUCACUGUCCCGAUAUCGAUUUCUGAAGGAGUUGCCACCCUUGAUCAAACGAAGCGAGAACGAAGCUGACGAGGUGGAUGAUGGGGUUACUUAAACAGAUGGGGUAAUCACGUGAUAAUCAAGAUGGUGACGUCCAUGCUGCGGCAUGUAUUUUUCGCCGUUUUGUACCCUUUACUACUUGCAUUAUUAUUUAUUAAUUCCGCUCACUUUCCAGCAAUAUAAGAAACAAAGUUACCAGCGUUUAUUUUGUAUUAUUAUUCGCUCUACAUAUCGAUUUUACUCGCUGCGAAGUUUAUAAGCCUGAUGACCUACUUGCAGCUUCACUAAGAGUAUUCGCGAGGAGUAUAUUCGAGAUAUAAAGCAAAUUUUAAUAAGAAAUAAACGCUAAUCACCUUUUUUAGGUGCGUCAUUUAACAAAAUUAAUAAAGGUCAUAUGCAUACAUCUGCUAAAAAGACUGUCUCGGCAUAGACGUCGCCAUCUUGACUAGAUCACGUGAUUACCUCCUGUAUUAAAGAGGAAUUAAAAUGUAUAGUGGAUAAAAUGUUCAAAAUUUGUCCAAGACGUGUCUUAUUUUAACCUCAUGGAUCAUCAUGUUGAUUGUCCUCGGCUCGUACCGGUCAUACGGCAUCUUCUUCAUGGCCGUCCAGGAGAGAUUUCAGUCGGAGGCGUCAGUCACUGCGCUCAUCGGCAGUAUGUUGAACGCCUCGUACAGCGUCACAAGUAUUAUAGUCUCAACGAUCGGUAUGAAGUAUCUUAGCCAUCGACAGCUCGUUUCCAUUGGCGGCGUUCUAUUGUCCGCCAUUUACAUUCUUACGGCCUACUCCUCAUCGGUGCAGUUUACAAUCACAUGGCUUGGAUUUGUCGCAGGUAUCGGUCAAGGUUUUAUAAUGGCACCAACAACCUCAUUGCUGGGUCUUUAUUUCGAGAAAUAUCGCAGCCUUGCAAAUGCAAUCAGCGUGUCGGGCGGAGGUGUAGGCUCUCUUCUGUUUUCACUAAUUAUCCGACAACUUCUCAACACAUACGGCUUCACGGGGACAAUGCUUAUCAUCGCUGGAAUGAAUCUGAACAUUUUUGUUGCUGCCGCCCUCAUGCGACCGCCUUCGCUUUUUAUGGAGAGUGUUACCAGUUGUUAUAAGAAACAUUUAACAUCAAACCAAAAUGAAAAUGAAAUAAAACCCAUGCCAAAUGAAUGCCCGGUUAAAGACGUUGACGUUACUACGUCUUCAUCCAUUGCUGGAAUAGGUGUCUACACUCUAGUGGAAAAGCAUUCUAGUAAAACAAAUCAGCCUGUUGAAGGAUUACCUACCAAAGACCACGAAUCACCCCUCCUUGGUUACACGCCAUCCGAAAUAACUGUAGGUGCGAUGCAAGCGCGAGGACUUCGAAACAGGACUUUGUCCGAAAGGAGCAAGCUGAGCUUUGCGCAGAAAACGACAGGUUCGCUUUCGAUUUUAAAUUCGUCAAAUUUAGGGCUGUAUACGAGCACUGAAUUAUCGGUUUCAUCUAUGCUGGACCUAAGAAGCAACCAUAAAGCCGACGAGAAGUCGUUGGAAGCAAACGCAAAAGGCGUAGAUGGUGCAUAUAAUUCUGACAAUAAAACACGUCAAAGCUGCACGUACUGUCCGCGUUUCGGUGUAUUGAGAUGCGAUAUUAUGAGAAGAAUUCCGUUCCUGAUAUUUCUGUCGUGCGCUUGCGGCAUUGUGCUAAUAGCUAGCAUACAGAUCUUCCUUCCACCGCAUGCAUUGGAUUCUGGAUUGACCGCGAGAGAAUGCGAUUUUCUCAUAACGGUAAUAGGUUUCAUUGACCUAUUCGCCGUACUUGGAUGGGGCUUCUUUGCAGACAGACAUAUCAUCCGCAGACAUAAACUCAUUUCAUUGGCUGUGAUUGCGCUAUCAAUCGCGACAUUCUGUAUUCCAGCGCUUUCUACGAAACCUGGGCUUAUAGCAUAUAGCGUGAUUUACGGUAUAUUUAUUCGGGUGUACUUCAGCCUGUACCCGGUGUUGCUAGUGGAUAUUCUAGGAGUGGAAAACCUUGGGCGAGGAUUUGGAGUGGUGGCACUGGUCACCACCGUUUUCCCGGCUGUCGUGCAACCAUUCAUAGGGUUUCUGAGGGACUCCACUCAGUCGUUUAUACCCGGUCUGUUGUUGAUUGCCUCCAUGUCUACCGCUGGGGCCCUUGGACUGUUAACCCUUCCUCUCGGGGAGAAAUGUGAACGACAAAGGAACAUGAGAGAAAACGGCGUCGCUGUUGACGGAGAACAAGCAUAAGCGUAAUCCUCGGCAUAGAGAUGAACAUUGAAAAGAUCUGACAUUAUGUUGUUACGAUUAACACACUUGUACAAUAUUUGUUUAUCUUUGCAAUAAAUAUUGAGAAAGGUUCAA